AUGCAGGCUCCCAAGACAAGUACGUUGUCGGAGAAGGGAGAGGUCGUCCAUGCUUCUCGUCAGUCGUUCUCUGAGACACCGUUCGUGACGGAUCCGGCCGAAGUGACAGCCUUCGAUAUCCCAGUCGAGUACGUCCGGCGCAUUGAGGAUGCUCAGCGGGUCUAUAGCAACCACUACAUGGAGCAUCGCAUGUACACGGACGCGUGGAAUCAUGCGGCCAUGACGCUGGGCUUCCAGUGCUGCUGGCUUGGAGUCGGUGCGUGGAUCGUUAGCCGUGGUCUGAGUUACUCGGACCCCAUGAACUCCAUUGUCGCGCGGUGGGUGCAACACUCACGGGUGCGUCGGUUCACCACGCCCAUCUCGUGUUUGGGGCUGUUCAUCUUCACUGCAACGUGCGCGCAGCUGCCGUACGACUUCCAGCUGCUGCGCGAGGCAUCCGCCGGUAUUGACCGACAGACAGCUCUCAUGAAGAAGUCGAUGGACGAGCGUCACUUGGCGUAUCGAGAAGGCAAGAUCGCCAAGGAGCAUUUGGAGGCGAAGGAGGCGGAGGCCUUUGCCAAGGGCAUGAAGGUGGAGUAG